GGGGCCUGCAGCCCUUGAGCGGCCCCGGGGCGGCGGAUGAGUCUUGUGCCAGUGGCCGGUCCGGAGCGGCAUUAUCACUUCCAGAGGAUUUUGUUUGUCAUCUUCUCUCAACUCCCUUCCCACCCUCCCAAUCCCCACAGAGGAGAAAACUGCUGUCUUGGCUCCCACUGUCCUGUGUGUACCAUCAUUGACAACUCUGCAGUAAAGAUGUCCAUCUACCAUGCAAACCAUACAAUGAACAGCUCCAUGGCAUCCACCUCUGAGCAUUAUCAUCCAACCUCAGAACACCAUCACCCUACAACAUCACCAGGACACAAUCAUGGAGAAGGGAUGAUGAUGAUGAUGGACAUGACUUUCCACUUCAGCUACAAGAACGUGCCAUUGCUGUUUUAUGGACUGGUGAUCAAUACACCUGGAGAAAUGGCUGGUGCUUUUGUUGCAGUCUUCUUCCUCGCCAUGUUUUAUGAGGGCCUCAAAAUAGCCCGGGAGAGUCUGCUCCGUAAAUCACAGGUCAGCAUUCGCUACAACUCCAUGCCUGUCCCGGGACCAAACGGCACCACUUUGAUGGAGACGCACAAAACAGUUGGACAACAGAUGCUGAGCUUCCCUCAUCUCCUGCAGACAGUGCUGCACAUCAUACAAGUGGUGGUCAGUUACUUCCUCAUGCUGAUCUUCAUGACCUACAAUGCAUACCUCUGCAUAGCUGUGGCAGCAGGCGCAGGCACUGGCUACUUCCUCUUCAGCUGGAAAAAGGCAGUUGUUGUGGAUAUCACGGAGCACUGCCAUUAAUGCUGGACACAGAGCGAGAGCCUCUCUCUGCCCCUUCGCUCGCUCUAACUGCAGUCACCAAGAGGAUGAGGAUCAUUCCCGAGCUGUCUGAGAAGCGACAAACACCAUGAAAAUCAGUGUCUGUUUUACCACCAAUGUCCUAGUCAGGACAAUGCCUGGGCAGCUCACAGGGAUUCCUGGUGUUGAGGAUUUCCCACCAAGCAGCCUGGCACCCACACUAGAUGGACCAGCUCUUGAGGUCACACCAGAGCCACCCUUGACCACAAUUUAUGUUGUAUUUGUAGAUUUUUCCCUGAUUGAAAUUACGUAGCAAGUAGAUGUUUUCAAGAUUAUCGAACUGUCCUUUUAAAGCAUUUUAUUUUUAAAGAAUAAAUGCUCAGAUCUGGGGGGUUUAUGCAUGGUUGAUAAAGGAGCCAGUAUGUGACAAUGGCUAUUUUAAUUUUCAAAAAAAAUCUGUACUUAAUGCCUGGGGGAGGGAGGUGGGGAUGUGACUGACCUCUGGGCGAGCAAAACCCUCUGGGACAGUUUGUAGAAACUUCUGUCCACAAAAUUACAGAGUGCUGCUGGUAAAUCACCAGAGGCCUAAUGGGCUCAGGUCUGCUCCGAGAAGUGUGCACUAUUCUUGUUAACUCCAGUGGGCAUAUUGUAUCUAUGUGUAUCUGGGCCAGACUGGGGCUUCUUUCAAGUCUGUUUAAUGUUACUGGUUUUCUACUUUAUUCUUGCUCUGAACAGCAGGAACAUUUCAAACUGGCCACUUCGGCUUACUGAUCAUGGAAAUGUACUCGCCAUAUGCAAAUCGGCAAUUGCAUUUUUAAGGAGCAGAAAGAGACUUUAAAUAAACCAUCGAAGCCCUGUUGAUUUCAUCUUGA